UCUUAUGUGGGACGCAGGGGUCACCAUUUCCGAGAACACACUCUGGCGUUAUUCCCAGACGUGGGUCUGCGCAUCUUUGUGGUCAGCACAUAAGAUAAAGCACACACGCAUCAUGCCUGCUGUACUGGAACUUGGCAAGGUCACUCAUUGCCGCCACGGACUGAUAAGGGAGAGAGCUUUGUUCUUGUUAUGGAUUUACUCAACGGCUUAUGCAUUUUAGCUAAGGAAAAAUAGGAAUUUUGGUGCAGUUUCAAACUGCCUGCACAGUCAGUUUUUGGGUCUUGGAAACCCAUUCCUUCAUUCCCUACUCUUCUUUUGGACAGCCUUUCGGCUCAUCCCAAGGUACUGGGUCGUGUCAGUGCUGUAAUCUGGGGCCGAAUCAUUUGCAACAUCAUUUUAUGCAUCAUAUUUUGCAGGCAUUGCGUUAAGCAGGGUAUCCAGGAGCAGAAAAGAAGCAAGAUUAGUCCAUUAACAUCAUUACAAGUCCUCUAAGCCACCCAAGGUUCGCAAGCCACUCAGUCAACCAAGACAUGUCCCAUCCGUUCCAGGUUGGGACAGGAACAUGGGCUACCUUCUCUCUUUCAGUUGCCAGGUGCCAAAUAGCUACACCAUGGCCUUCAGAAGCAUCUCUGCCUCUGAUGUGGAGGCAGGGCAGAGCCAUCCUGGCCAAAAGCCACAGCCUUAUCUUCCACAAACUUGUCCAAUCCUCUUUUAAAGUCUUCUAGGUUGGUGGCCAUUCCUUCCUCCUGAGGCAGGAGUCCCACAGAUUCAGGGCAGAUUUUUAAAUCCAGCUGCUUCCUCGGAUGUCCCCGCUGAAUUCUAGUAGUGCCUUCCACCCGGCUUCGUUCAUCCUUCUUGGCAUCCCGGGCCUGGAGGCGUACCACAGCUGGAUUGCCCUCCUCUUCUGCCUGAUGUACAUUGUGGCCCUUCUGGGCAACUCUUGCCUGCUGUACAUCAUCGCCACCGAGCGCAGCCUCCACCAGCCCAUGUACCUCUUCCUGGCCCUGCUGGCCCUGGCAGACCUGGCCUUGUCCUCCUCCACUGUGCCCAAAACCCUGAGCGUCCUCCUCUCCCUCUCCAAGGAGAUCUCCUUCCAGGCCUGCCUGGCCCAGAUGUUCUUCACCCACCUCAGCUUCAUCACAGAGUCCACCAUCCUGCUCGCCAUGGCCUUUGACCGCUACGUUGCCAUCUGCCAGCCACUGCACUACUCUGCCAUCCUCACCCGCCCUGCCAUCGUGAGGGUCGGGCUGGCCGCUCUCGCCAGGGGCUUCUGUGUGAUGCUCCCCACGGUCUUCCUCCUCCAGAGGCUGCCGUACUGUGGGCACCGGGAGAUGCCUCACUCUUACUGCGAGCACAUGGGCGUCGCUCGCAUGGCCUGUGCCGACAUCGGCGUCGACAUCUGGUACGGCUUGGCGACCACCCUUUUGUCUCCCGGCCUGGACGUGGUCCUCAUUGCCGUCUCCUACACUCUGAUCCUCAGGGCGGUUUUCCGUCUCCCAUCCAAGGACGCCCGCCUCAAGGCCAUCGGGACGUGCGGCUCCCACCUUUGCGUCAUCGUCUUGUUCUACACCCCUGCCUUCUUCUCUUUCUUUGCCCACCGCUUCAGCCACGGCACCAUCCCUCAGCACCUUCUCAUUCUCCUGGCCAACAUCUACCAGCUCCUCCCUCCUGUCCUGAACCCCGUGGUCUAUGCGGUCAAGACCAAAUGCAUCCGGGAGAGGCUGGCUCAGGCCCUCUGGAAAGCAGGGAAGGGGUGCUGAGCUUGGGGUGCUGAGCUUGGGGUC